AAAAAAAAAGAUAUAUCGAAAAUGCCCACCCCUGAAUCCGCCUCCUUCCUCGCCAAAAAGCCCACCGUGGCGCCGACCUACGACGGGGUGGACUUCGACGACAACGUUGCGGUGCACAACGCCCGGGACGCCAUUAUCCGCGAACAAUGGGUCCGCAGCAUGAUGUCUCGUCUGGUGGGCGAGGAAUUGGGCAAGUGUUAUGCUCGUGAGGGGGUGAAUCAUUUGGAGAAGUGUGGGGUUUUGAGGGAAAAAUACUUCGAAUUGUUGAAUGAGCGCAAGAUUAAGGGUUAUUUGUUCCAGGAGAAGAAUUAUUUUGAGAAGAAGGAGUGAACUCUCCCUCUAUCGAUCUGGGGUGGAAUGGUGAGGUGAGGUUUAGGUGGAAUGGUUCUUAUGUGAUAUACAAUAUAUGCAUUGUGGUUUCUUUUUUCCCUCUGUGUCGCUCGGAUGCGGUUUUAGAGGCUGGCAUGCUCUAUGCCCGGAUAGUGUGUUUUAGCUGGU